UUUUUUUUAUGUAUCUCUAACCAGGUGGAUGACCAGAUGAAGCUGCUGCAGAACUGCUGGAGUGAACUCCUCAUCCUCGACCACGUCUUCCGGCAGGUGGUGCAUGCCAAGGAGGGCUCCAUCCUAUUGGUCACUGGCCAGCAGGUGGACUAUGCAGUGAUUGCUUCACAGGCGGGAGCCACCCUCAACAAUCUGUUGAGUCACGCCCAGGAGCUGGUGGCCAAACUACGCUCCCUGCAGCUGGACCAACGGGAGUUCGUCUGCCUCAAGUUCCUGGUCCUCUUCAGUCUGGAUGUGAAGAACCUGGAGAACUUUCACCUGGUAGAAAGCGUGCAGGAGCAGGUAAACGCAGCGCUGCUGGACUACGUCAUGUGCAACUACCCGCAGCAAACGGACAAGUUCGGCCAGCUGCUCCUCCGGCUGCCCGAGAUCCGAGCCAUCAGCCUGCAGGCCGAAGAGUACCUUUACUACAAGCACCUGAACGGCGACGUUCCCUGCAACAACCUGCUCAUCGAAAUGCUGCACGCCAAGAGAGCUUAGGACGGGGACUGCACGACACACACGACGGCGCGGACAUUCUCAAGAGUUUUGCUGCAGCCCCCAAAAAAAAUAAAAAGAGGAAAAAAAACAAAAAAACUUCAAAAUGAUGCUUUCACCAAAACGAACCUCCAGCUCACACUUGGCCGUGUGAUGAUGUGAAGGGCGGGAGAGCAGAGAGAACUCUUGUUUAUAUUGAGCUCAUUUUGAUGUUCAACUUGAAGUGCAGAUUUGGACAAAACACAUGCACAGAGACUCAUGACGUGCACAGAUAAAAAGCAUAUGGAUCCCUUUAUUGUACAAAAAAUAAAAUAAAAUAAAAAAAAAUAAAAAGUCAGACAGAAGAGUCGCUUCUCCUCAACCACACAGAAACAAAAAAAAAACAUUGUUGAAAGGAAAAAAAGAGAAACACUUGAAGCAAAACUCUGCAUUUGACACUACACGAUGAUAUCUAAAUCAUCCGCAAGACUAUCAGACUGCAACUUAAAGAAUGAACAGCCCCCCCCGAGUGUUUUAGCGCUGGUGAUAUACCGUGAGAGGGGUUUUUUCUGUGCUGAGAAAGGAAGCUGAAUAACACUGCCCAUCUUUCAGACAGCUGUGUGACUCGAGCGGCGGCUUGUUUCGAGGAUCCUCCUGUGUGUAUUCUAAUUGAAAGCUGGCUUUUAGCUGUUGUUGGUACUGUAAAAGGCAAACGGACAAGCAGUCAGCCAGGCAAGAGACUCUUACCUACCAUGUCUGUUUUUUGAACUCACACCAGAUGCCUGCCGUGGCAGCUUGACCCCACUGAAAAGGGUGAAAAAAUAAAAAUAAAGGUCUGAAAAAAAAAGAAAAAAAAGAACAUUCUUUAAUGAACAAAAAGAGGCUGGUAAGAAGACGAUGUGUUUUUUCUCUUGUAAUGAAAGUCAUUUGCUUCUCAUGGUCACCUUGUGGUUCCCCUUUCUUACACCACCAACCUCCCCAAAUCAUCUUACACUAUGUACCUCAGAAAGACCAGUGUUAAAUAAAUUCACUUAAUAAUGUCAGCUUAAAUAAUAGUAUUUAUAGCCCCCUUUUUUUCCUGCAAAAAAAACAAAACAAAAGAAAAAAAAAAAAACCUCCACACCCUUCUUUUUUUUUUUAUUAUUUCUUUAAAACUGGAACAAAACAAAGUGUGAUUCUGGAGACGGAGAAGGAUCAAUCCUGCCUUUGUUCGAGAAGACCAAAGCCUGCUGCAGAACAGAAGAAGGAAAUUACAAAUACCUUAAUAAUCAGUAUUAUAAGAGAAAAAAAAAAUUUGUGAUGUCACAGUUAUGUGAGUCUUGCCUUAUUUCAUUACCAUGCUAGCUAACCGUGCAGAUGUGAAUGAAAAUAUGUACAAAUAUAUAUAUAAAGUAUUAAUGUUGUAAAAAAUUUUAAAAAAAGAAUAAUUCAACAGGUGUUUACAUUCAUGUGGUCAUAUGGGAGAGAACUGUGAUGAAGCAGAAAUUGCAAAGCAAUGAUUUCCUAAAAAAAAAAGAAGAAAAAAAAUGAAAUCAACGAAAUGAAGAAAAAGAUCCCUCUGGUUUGCUUUCUUUGGUGUGUGUACAGUGUUUUAUUUUUUUAUUUGUUUCGAGCAGUACUUAAAUUAUGUCGUGAGACACUAAAAUCAAAGAGGAAUCACACUUAAAAUAUUAAUUUUCUGUGUCUGCUGGCAUUCAAACGUUUGUUUUUUGAGCAUUGCUGUAUAAGGGUUCCGUUUCACUUUCGACCUUUUAUUUGUAAGACCUUUUAUUUCUUUCUUUUUUGUUUUUUUUUUUUAUUUACAGUGCUUUGACCUUUAUGAUGUACAGUAUGUCACUGGUUACGCUUAAUAAUGAAGAUAAUUUAUUGCGUCGCUGGGUUUCCAUCUUUGUGUUACAUGACGUGAGGUGUCCACGCCAGAAUAAAUUUGUUUA